GACAUCGCUCCUGGUGCUGCAGGAGAAACUGUAUUCUUCCCUUUACUGCAGCACAAAGAAGAGAGGAUCCCUAAUCAGAAGAGCAACAUUUAAAAUGUUAAAGGCAGUUUUAAAAAAGAGCCGAGAGGGUGGAAAAGGGAACAAGAAAGACUCAGCAGGUGACUCCUGCCCAGAGAAUGCCUUGCAGGUUAUAGCAACAUCUGGCCACAAUGCAGACUUUCCCAUUGGCAAUCAGCCAGUCUCUGAGGACACUUAUAGAAUGAACUUGACUAAAGGAGUCUCAAUGUCGCUGCCAUCUUCACCUCUGCUGCCACGCCAGUCCUAUUUGAUGCAGUCAAGAUCAAACAAAAAGUCUCCAGGUCCGAUCAGGAGGCCCAAGUAUGUGGAAAGUCCUAGAGUGCCAGGUGAGGCAGCUCUACCGCUGAGAAAAGGAUCAGAGCAAGGAGAAUCCAGUCAAAAUGCAAAGCCUGAUAAAGACUCAAGCUGUUCUCCUGCAGCACAAGAACUGAUGACAAGAUUGGGUUUUUUGCUGGGAGAAGGGAUCCCAACUUCUGCUCAUAUAGAAGAGAAAAAUGAAGUCAUGUGUACAGUAGCCAGUCAAGGAGUGAGUCCAUGUUCCACCCUCACAAGCAGCACUACAUCACCUAGCACUGAUAGUCCCUGCUCUACUCUCAACAGCUGUGUUGGCAAAACAGCAGCUAACAAAGGUAGUCCCUGUGGAACCAUUAGCAGCCCUAGCUCCACCCUGGAGAGCAAGGACAGUGGAAUUAUAGCAACUAUAACAAGUUCAUCAGAAAAUGAUGAUCGUAGUGGAUCCAGUUUGGAAUGGAACAAGGAUGGGAGUCUUAGAGCUGGAAAACAUCAAGGGAUUAGUCAUGAUCGAAGAACAGAUAAUUGUUCACCAGUUGCAGAAGAGGAGGCCAUUGGAUCUGCUGAGAAUUUGCCAAAAGCAGUACCAACAGGAGAGGGUCCCGUUCCUUAUGCUCAAAGUUCUGGCUCUUUAAUAAUGCCUCGUCCAAACUCCGUUGCAGCAACAAGUUCAACCAAACUGGAAGAUCUGAGUUAUUUGGAUGGACAAAGAAAUACUCCUUUACGCACUUCAAUUCGCUUACCUUGGCACAACACUGCUGGUGGAAGAGUGCAGCAGGAAAGUAAAGCUCGUUUCAUCCCCUAUAAGCCUCAAGACAUUUUGCUGAAGCCACUAUUGUUUGAAGUGCCAAGUAUAACAACAGACUCGGUGUUUGUUGGAAGAGAAUGGCUGUUUCAAGUGAUUGAAGAAAGAUUGAAGAAUACUGAUCCAGCAGAGAACAGAGGAGCAGUCAUUACUGGAAAUGUGGGAUUUGGAAAGACUGCAAUUAUUUCACGGCUGGUGGCACUCAGCUGCCAUGGAAGUCGCAUGAGGCAAAUAGCUUCAAAUAGCCCGAAUUCAUCCCCAAAAAGUGGUGACUCCUGUCAGGAGAUUCCCUUAAGUCAGUUACCCCUGUCUGCUCCUCCAACAAGUAGUACCAAUACAAUGAAGACUCUGAAUUGUCCUGGUACUCCUGAAUACCAAAAUCAAACAGCUGAUUCUGUGAGUCGCCUUGCUUCAAAGGUCGUUGCUUAUCACUAUUGUCAAGCUGACAACACAUACACGUGUCUUGUCCCAGAAUUCGUGCACAGUAUUGCAGCUUUACUUUGUCGUUCAAAUCAAUUAACAGCAUAUAGAGAUCUUCUAAUAAAAGAGCCUCAUUUACAAAGCAUGCUUAGUCUGAGAUCUUGUGUCCAAGAUCCAGCAGCAGCUUUUAAAAGGGGAGUGUUGGAACCACUUUCAAACCUCAGGAAAGAGCAGAAAAUUCCUGAGGAAGACUACAUAAUUUUGAUAGAUGGUUUAAAUGAUGCUGAAUUUCAUAAACCCGAUUAUGGUGACACACUUUCUUCAUUUAUCACAAACAUAAUCUGUAAGUUUCCUCCCUGGCUGAAGCUCAUUGUGACUGUAAGAACUAACUUCCAGGAAGUAGUAAGUUCACUGCCCUUUAUCGCAAUAUCCCUGGACAAUUUUCCAGACAACGAAGAAAUUCAUGAUGACUUGAAUGCUUAUAUUCAGUACAGAAUUAAUAACAGCCAGGACAUUGUAAACAACAUAUCUUUAAAUGGAAAAGCUGAUGCAGCUAUUAUUGGGAAAGUGAGUAAUCACCUGAUCAUGAGAAGCCUGGGAUCUUACCUCUAUUUGAAACUUACUCUGGAUCUUUUCCAAAAAGGUCACUUAGUAAUCAAAAGUGCAAGCUACAAGGUUGUUCCAGUGUCUCUAUCAGAACUGUACUUACUUCAGUGCAAUAUGAAGUUCAUGACAAACUCUGCUUUUGAGCGAGCCCUGCCAAUAUUAAAUGUGGCACUGGCAUCCCUACAUCCCAUGACAGAUGACCAGAUUUUCCAAGCUAUUAAUGCAGGCCAAAUAAAUGGUGAACAGCAAUGGGAAGACUUCAGCCAAAGGAUGGAAGCCCUUUCGUGUUUUCUGAUAAAAAGACGUGACAAAACACGUAUGUUCUGCCAUCCUUCCUUCAGGGAAUGGCUUGUUUGGAGAGCAGACGGUGAAAAUACUGACUUCUUAUGUGAGCCAAGGAAUGGACAUGCUCUGCUGGCUUUCAUGUUUUCUCGACAAGAGGGAAAGUUAAACCGCCAACAAACUAUGGAACUUGGUCAUCAUAUACUUAAAGCUCACAUUUUUAAGGGUCUCAGUAAAAGGACUGGGAUUUCUUCCAGUCAUCUUCAAGCCUUGUGGAUUGGUUAUAGUACUGAUGGACUGUCUGCAGCCCUUGCUUCUCUGAGAAACAUCUAUACGCCCAAUGUGAAGGUGAGUCGGCUGCUGAUCUUGGCAGGAGCAAAUGUGAAUUAUAGGACUGAAGUACUAAAUAAUGCUCCAGUGCUGUGUGUUCAGUCGCACCUUGGACAUGAAGAAGUGGUCACUCUUUUACUGGAAUUUGGAGCUGCUAUUGAUGGAACUUCAGAAAAUGGGAUGACAGCACUUAGUUAUGCAGCUGCUGCAGGUCACAUGAACAUAGUUUCACUGCUGUGCAAAAAAGGUGCAAAGGUUGACUAUGUAGACAAGAAAGGCCAGUGUGCUUUGGUCCAUAGUGCAUUGAGAGGGCACUGUGAUAUCCUUCAAUACUUGCUUAAUGUUGUUUGGAUGACUCCUUCCCAAGAACAAAAUUCACUAAGAAAAAGCCAGGCACUGCAACAAGCUCUAACAGCAGCUUCCAGUAUGGGACACUGUCAGGUGGUUUGUUACAUCUUGACAAUUGAAAAGGACCAUGAAAUAGACAUCAAUGACACUGAUGCUUUGUGGGGAGAAACAGCCCUGACAGCUGCUGCAGGAAGAGGAAAACUGGAAGUCUGUGAAUUACUUCUUGAACAUGGAGCAGUUGUGACGAGAGCUAAUCGGAGGGGGAUUCCUCCACUUUUCUGUGCAGUACGGCAGGGGCACUGGCAGAUUGCUAAACUUCUAGUGGAGCAUGGGUCUGAUGUGAAUUUAAGUGACAAGCAAGGCCGAACUCCACUUAUGGUGGCUUCUUGUGAAGGACAUUUGAGCACUGUGGAAUUUCUGCUUUCUGAAGGUGCAACUGUUUCAUCUCUGGACAAAGAAGGACUGACAGCUUUGAGCUGGGCAUGUCUAAAAGGCCACAGGCAAGUAGUUCAGUAUUUAGUUGAGAAAGGUGCAACAACUGAUCAGACGGACAAAAAUGGACGAACACCCCUAGACCUGGCUGCUUUUUAUGGAGAUGCUGAUAUUGUGCAGUACUUGGUAGAGAAAGGAGCAAUGAUUGAGCAUGUUGACCACAGUGGCAUGCGGCCACUGGACAGAGCUAUCGGAUGUCGUAAUACAUCAGUAGUGGUUAUGCUACUGAGAAAAGGAGCUAAACUAGGAAAUGCAGCAUGGGCAAUGGCCACCUCAAAACCCGAUAUUCUCCUUAUUCUGCUGCAGAAACUGAUGGAAGAAGGAAAUAUACUGUACAAAAAAGGUAAGAUGAAGGAAGCAGCACAGCGCUACCAGUAUGCCUUGAGGAAGUUUCCAAGGGAAGGAUUUGGAGAAGAAAUGAAAGCAUUCAAUGAGCUGAGAGUGUCGUUAUACCUAAAUUUAUCACGAUGUCGCCGAAAAACAAAUGACUUUGGUAUGGCUGAAGAGUUUGCUACCAAAGCAUUGGAUCUGAAACCCAAGUCUUACGAAGCCUAUUAUGCUAGAGCAAGAGCCAAAAGGAAUAGCAGAAAGCUACUUGCUGCUCUUGCUGACUUACGUGAAGCCACACAGCUGUGUCCUACCAAUCAAGAGAUAAAACGUCUACUGGCUCGAGUAGAAGAGGAAUGCAAACAGUUCCAGAGAACACAGCAACAGAAGCAUCAGUCUCCACAGCUACUGCAGCAAAUUAACAACUCUGAUAAUGAGGAGGAGGGCAUUACACAAGGUGUGAAUGAUAACUUUAAUCUUCAAGACAGGGAGGAUGAACUGCUACACCCUGAUGAAUCCGUUUCCUCUCCACAAAGGCUGCAGUGUUCCUUAGCUGCUUCAUCAUACAGCAGGACCCUUCAAGAAGGUGUUCAGCAAAAAGCUAGAUCUGUGUCCCCUCAAAGCAGAACAGGCAACAAAUAUCUGAGAGAGCCAGGCUUGAUCGUGCAGCCAACAAAGCAGGCUCAGAUUGUAAAAACCAAUCAGCACCUGAGCUCCAUCCAGCCUGGAUCAAAAAUGGGAAGCAGUCAAUGUAAUACAAAGACACAGUCAUCUUUUCAGCAUCUUCCUCAAAGUCCCUUGCCAGUCCGGCACUCUAAAAUUCAGCAUUUGGAUGGGACAAGCACAUUAUCACCCGGAAGUGUUUCCACAGGUCCUACUUCUGAACUGUACAGUGAGAAGUUUAUGUCCAGCCAGUGUUCCCAUUCACAGCAUAAUGAGAAUAUCUCUUCUCAUUCUUUUGCAAGUAAGUCUAAAACCGCUGACAGGUUAACAGCCCCUACUGAAACAAAUUUCAGUGAAGCAAGGCAGCAAAGUCCUCUAACCAGUGAUGUCUCUUCCAGUUCUCCAUCCAGUAGUAUGAUUCUUGCCAGCUCCACCAGCAGCUUAACUUCAGCCAGUAGUUUUUCAGAUAGUAUUAAGGGGCUAGGCCCAGACGUUCGAGUCAAGGAGAGUAACGUUAAUCAAGUUCAGAGUACUGUUGCUGAACACAGACCUCGCAAUACCCCAUUUAUGGGAAUCAUGGAUAAGACUGCAAGGUUUCAGCAGCAAAAUACUCAAUCCAGUCGCACUUGGCACUCUCAGGCAUCGGAUGGAUUAUCAACAACUGUUGCUUCUGGGGGCAUUCAGUCCUCAAAUUUUGAGCCAUUCUCAGUCAAGCACUACCAAACUAAAAUUUCGUCUACUGCUGCUGGCCCAGGAGAUGGCAACCAGAAUGGUAUGCAAGCUAAAGAACGUGAGGAGCUUAAGUGCCAAAUACCUACCCACUGUCAAGACAACAGAGCGCCUAAACAAGCUUCGCAUUUAUACCCAGAUGCUGUAUCAAAACAGCAGUCUCAUAUCAAUAAGGAAGGCCAUCUAAGUCAUGUCAUGUCUACAAAACCAAAGCGAUCAUUCAUUGAAUCAAACGUAUAAAUACAAUUUUGUAUAUUUACAGGGAUGUAAAACUUACUUAGCUCAUAACAUCACAGGGUUCUAUACAAAAUACCGAUUGGCUGGUCACUUGUGAGUUUUGAGUAAGCAGUCCGCAUUGGCCAGUACUUAAUGGGAUACAACCACUUUACACUGUUCCUACCAUCACAGGACAGUUACAGUAACUGGAAUAGCAAAUCUGUGUAGAAAGAGUCAGUUAGGAUCACCAAUCCACCAAAAUAGGACCUCAAGCAGAGAAAUCCUUUCCAUUACAUUUUACCAUUAAAUAAUACUUUCCUUUUCCAUAGGGCUUUAAUCUUGGCUUUUGGUUAUAUUACAUCUCACCACUUACUUACUUACUUACAUAAUAAUUGUGCCUCUAUAAUGCUUAAGUAAGUGCUUACUUCUCAAAACAGUGUUAAGAAAGAUACCUGCUGCAUAAUACUCAGAUCUGUAUAUGUAUGCUUUUUUUAAAAUCAAAGAUAGUAUUUUAUCACUUUUCUAGUGGGAUCUAAUUUGGGUUGCAUGAUGUACAUUUAGGAAGCAUAAAUAAUUUGUGUAUGAGUAAACUACAAGUAAGUGGCCAUGUUUUGACAUGUAAAUAUAACUAUUUUAGUAACUAGAAGAAAUCAAGUAAAAUAAACAGUGACAUUUGCAUGUGUAUUGAAAGGCUUUGACCAUAUUGGUUAUUGCACUGAAGAACACAAUAUUAUGGCAUAUUAACAAUAAUCGCACUUUAUAUAGUUUAUCUAAUCACCUUUGGGUGCUAUCUUAAAGCAGAAUGAUUUAUUGUUUAUUUGCGAAAAAGGUACAGCAAUGAAAUGUUCAGUAAGUAUUUUUAUGGGAAACCCAAGAAAUUGAUGGAGUGAAGACAAAAGUUUGAGGAAAAGUGUAUGUACAGUUGCAUGAUGGGAUGAAGUCGUGAAGGUUUUUUUUGGAGGAAAGAAGAUUUUUAUACUGGCAAAAACAGCCUGAAAAUAAACAGAUGUAGUGACAUUCCUAUGAGUGCAAUUAGGUUGGAGUGGUCAACUUUACAUAGUCAGUCACUUUUCACGUCUUGUUUGUAUGCAGUGUUUUAUGUACAUUGUAAACAGCCGUACCCAUUUUUACAAAUUCUUUUUGAGUUUGCAUCAUUAUGCUUUAGCUUAUUUAUUGUUUACUGUUUCUUUGAUAUUUUGUACAAGUCCUAUAUUAGCCUUGUCCUGUAGUUCUAUUUUUGCACACUACUGUAUUUUUUUCCGUACAAAAUAAAGAUUAUUAAUAUACCUGUGGGAUGAGAUGCAGUCACUGACGGUUACGGGAGAAACUCUCUCCCAACUUUUCCAAAACUCAUAAAUGUAGUGAAAAUUUUGAGACAACUUUAUUUGAAAAAACUGUGAAUCUGAAUACUUCAUUUCUUAAACAGAUAUACUGCAAAGUAAAAUUACCAGUAACUUAACUUAAAACGUUUUUCGGGAAUUCCCUGGGAGCUUCCAACAGUGAAGAUUCUCCUUCUAACAAACAACCACUUAAAUGACAGCCACAUAUUAGAACAGAAACACAUUUUUUUUCUCUCCAAUUGUUUCUGAUAGAGUUACUUCCUUUAGCUACAUACAAUUUCAUUUCCAUUAAUUUUAACAAACAACUUCAAAACUAAGUGGUUUAACUGUAUUUCUGCUGAGUCUCCAGCCAGCGACUGAUAGCCAUUUUUAGUGUCCUAUUUGGUGUAAGCAUAAGAGAGGGGAGAGGAAGAUUCGUCAUGGGACUAGAUCGUCUUCUAGUGCUGAUCCAGUUUUCCAUUGCUUCCUUUUCAUAGGAGUAGCCAUCUACAAAGAAACCACCAUCAACAGCUUAUGCUACAGAUGCCUGGGCACUGUUACGCUGUACAGCUUGUAGCUAUUUAAAUUUAAAAGGGAUGUAAGGGGAUCAGUAUUUCCAAACAGAAAAACUGAGAUACAGAAAAAUGGUCUGUGAAAGCUUUACCAUAAACUGAAACAUAUUUGUUUCAAAUUACAUAGUUAAACAUACUACAAUAAAACUUUAUACAGCAGUAUUAAGAUCAAAAUUUGGUUCAACCUUUCUAAAUUAUACUGUACUCAGCAAACUAACCAGUACAAGCUAUUUUAGAAAGCACUGCAAAUUUGUCAAAUAAGUUACAGCUGCAUAGGUUCAUUGAUGACUUCAAAGCAGCAUAUUGUCUGAAAAACUCUUGCAGCUGUGUCUGAAGACACCCCCUCCCUGCCCCAUGCCACCUAUGGCUGUAAGGACACACAAAAUAGAGAUGCCUUUAGAAAAGGCUCUGUGUGUACAUACACGGAUGUUUUGCUGCUGUAGUGAUUUCAGUUGGCUUGGAAUUUUGCCUCGUGUGUCUGUUUGUUAGCAGCAGAGGCAUGCCAGCAAGAGACCUUUGCUAAACUAGCCCUUUCCCACCCAAGGGAUUGUCUCUGAUGAGGUCACGGGAUUAAGCCAAAUUCAUGCAUGAACUGGUGACUAAGGUACACAACAGGACCAAAUUACAUAAAGACUUCCUGUGUCCUUAUUUGUGGUUAAGGAAUUACCUACCGUACAGAUAAAGUUCAUUACAAGGCUGUAAAAAGGAAUCAUCUGAGCAAGAAUCACUGAACCAGUGAGGUGACUGGCCAGGAAACUGCAUUGACAAUCAGCAUUUAUAACAACAGUGCUUACUCAGUUCCUUUAAAGGAAAUCAGGGGAUGCUCAUCAAGUUGCCUGUAACUGCAGUUGCUUAGCUCUGUGAUGUUUCUCUGUGGUGUUUAGUUCUAAAUUACUCUGAAGACACCAUACUAGACACUGUCAAGCCUCACCAAGCAUUUGCAAGUAAUAUUCUCCCCCCCACCCCAGUACUUUGAGAAAUACAUCGCAAUGUUUGUAUUUGCUAGUUAAGGACAAUGGGAGAGGGAAAAUAAAGGGUACUGAACCAUUACUAUACAUGAAACAGAGUUGUUAAUAAAACCAGCAUGUCAGUUAGUUUAAAAAAAAAAGAAAAAGUGCCUAAGGUGGGGGAACUCCCUGCCAAACAAAAAAAAACAACCAAACAAAAAAAAGCUGUGCUUUACCAAAAAAAUAAUACAUAAAUGGCAUAUUGGUGUUAAAGGCAGUGCAUGCCUUUGGUUAAUAAAACCAUUAGAUUUUAAUCACAAUCUAAACAAUCAUUUCCGUUUAGCCAGAUAAAAAGUACUUCACUAACUUUUUAAAAAUUAUUUUCACUUCAGGAACCCUUUAUAGUUUAAAAAAAAAAAAAAAAAAAGGACAAUGAUAGCUGACCAUGAAUAUAAACAGUUCAGGCUAGUUUCAUGUUUCUAUCUCCCUCUGACUGCAAAGCACCAAAAUACAUUAUGCACGUUACAUAAGACUUCCUUUUCAGUUUGAAUGAUCCAUAAUAUGAACUAAAACCUCAUUAACAUCUAAUGGCUAACACAACUAAAGACUGCUGCUGUGCAGUACUCAGCGAUGAACACUCAGCGGGCUGACCAAGCCCCGAGUUGGGCACUUGGCCCUCGACGCCCAUCUAGUUUCAAGAUUUCAGUCUUCCAGUCAGCACCGUAACAAGCUGCUACUUAAAGAACAGAAAUAGAGGAAUAAACCCCACCCCACCCUGCCACGUAUUAGCACAAUCACCCAGGAACACCUCCAUCUGAUGAAAUACAAACCUGUGUCCUCCACCCCUCCUCUAACACAGGGCAACACUCUAUUUCCUUCCCCUUUAUUGAACAUCGGCCACUUACUUAACAUGGAAAAAAAAUCUUAUUAGGCUGGUCACUUGAGUAAAAGAAAUAAAUAGGCAGUUUGGCAUUCUACCUUCUAUUUAGUUUUCCUUAAAUUCUACAUAGCACAAAAGCAUAAAAGUUUUACUUAACUCUUACUUAGCUUACUAACCUAAACAAAAUACCCAGCUCACUUCAGUUAGUUACUUUCUAAUCUCAGAAAUAUCUAAAUUCCUCCAAUUUGAAUCUGCAAAAUUGCCUACAUCUUAAAGUCAGCCGCGUUCAUACUACAGGAACUUCAGUUCUACAGUGUCAAGCAGUGAAGUAGCUAGUUAGUGAAUACAGAAGUUUACGAACACAGAACUAUACUUUCCUUUACCUGUCUUGCCACAAACCAACCUUUCUCCUGCUGCAAUAGCUAACAUUUCUGUUAUUAUUCAUCAACUUCUAUAAAAAUAAAGCAGUGUGAGGAACUCCCAGAUAUGCCCACCUGAUGCUCUGAAAAGCAGAGGAGUCCCAUGUUUCAGGACAGCAGUGUAACACGCAAAUACUGAAAGGCACACGGGCAUUAUUUAUUAGCUACUAAAUACUAUAACUGAUCACACACUGUGAACGUUUUAUUUUAAAAGGUCAACAGUUUCUCUUUAAAAUGCCUGUUUCAUUUUGUAAUAUACAUGUGAACAGUAACUGGCAGUAAUUUUCAACUUCUGAACAAAACUAUCCUGCUCUAAAGCGAUGUAUCCUUAUUUCAAAAUCAUAUAAAGAAAAGGAUAUGCAAGGCUGUCCCCCUACUGCUACUGUUUCGAAGCUCAAGCCCUGUUAAGUCCAGUGCUUGCCACUCUAGCGGUUAGCAAAUGUCUUCAUAUUUUUAAUGUUUUAAUUCUCAAAAAUCUGGCCUGAUACCUCAAAACUGUAUGAAAUUAGUCACUGUUCACGGAACAUAAAAAAAUAUACUGGUCUUUUGAUGACCAUAUGGUCCCCCCACCAAGAUCAGAACUAUAAAACACUAGUUCUUCAUAAAAUGUUUUAACUACAUAACAUCUUCUGCUCCUUGCAUAUCUCAGUUCCAAGGUCUUGCUGAAUUUAAAUGAAUCUCAUUCUGUACAAACUUUUAAGUGCUAUACGCGUGGUGUGCUAAGAGUAGCAAUGAGCCUGGUUCUUGGUCGUCCCCCCCCGCCCCCAGGGUGCACAAUUCCAUUUUGCACUUACCGAGACAACUCUGUAAUUAGGCUUGUAAUUACAUUUGCAAAAGCACAUAAAGGAAGGAACAUAACAGUAUUCUUCUCUGUAUCAGCGAUGUAAUUGGGCAAAUUAAACAUUUACCACAGUUCUA